AUGACCCCGGACGCCUCAUCAUCCCCUAUACAGGGGUCUGCGCCGUCUUGCAACGUCAGCAGCAGCACCGCUGCUCUGCACCGCCCGAGGUUGUCGACGCCGCCCAGGCUAUCAUUUCUGAGCGGUAAUACGUGUACGGGUCCCGCUAGCAAUGCCGCUGCCAGCACGAGUCUCUCUGCUGGGAACAGCAGUGACAGGAGGAGGAGCCACAUUGCCGAGCCGUCACCGAGCUCUCACCCCAACACGAACAACAUGAACAACGGCAACAGCGAGAACAACGGCACCAGCGACAGCAACAGCAACAGCAACGACACCACACCGAGACCUCAGUCGCCACCACGCAAGACGGCCUUCGACCACGACGACCUGUCGCACCCCACCCACGGCGGCCGAGACGAGGACAGCACCCACGACUCCACAGACCACCACUACCACCAGCACUCGCGGUUCGCCACGUUCGCGUCGAGCAUGUUCAGGGGAUUAGGCGCGUCGGGGUCGUCGGCGCGGCCGCCCGCGGGCGGGAGCCCCACGUCGACGCCGCAGGACGACGAGCUGCUGAGCAUGGACAUCGAGGCCGCCAUCUACCGCGACGGCGACGCCUUCUCCCCGGCGGCGUACAAGAACCUGCAGCAGACGGCGUCGGGCCUGCUCGGCCGGUUCCAGGCGGCCUACCAGCAGCGCACGGCCGAGUGCCACGAGCUCCGGGCCGAGCGGGGCGUGCACCAGGACGAGAGGGACGAGGCCGACACGCGCAUGCAGCACCUCCGCAUGCAGCUCGAGGACAUGGCGCGCAAGGCGGCCGAGCAGGAGGCCAUGGUGCUGUCGCUGGCCGACGAACUCGAGCGCGAGAAGAGGAUGCGCGCCGACGAGAGGCACAAGAUGCUCAGCAUCAGCCGGCUGAACGCUCAAGCUCAAGCCCAAGCCCAGGCCCACGCUCACGUGCCGCCCUCGGAGUCCCCGACGACGGCGGCGAUGACGACGGCGACGACGACGACGACGUCUUCGUCAGCAUCGGUCUCGGUGUCCGAGGACCUGGGCGCAGAGGAGGACCAGAGGCGCCGCCAGCGUCGCAGCGCGGGGAGCAGCAGCGGCUGCAGCAGCAGCAGCAGCACCCGCAACAGCGGCGUGCCGUCCGGCGCCGAACGCUCGGACCUGGUCUUCGACACGGACGAGGAGAGCAUCGUCGAGGGCGCGAGCCUCUUCUCCCGCUCGCGCAGCCCCACCAUCGCCACCACGCUCACCGAUAUGGGCCCGCCCCCGCCGCCCCAUGCCCCCGCUCAUCACUCGACCCCGACCCCGGCGGAAUCGCCGUCCCUGCCUCAGCUGAAGAUGCGGCCUGCCGUCGAGGCCGUCGCCGCACCACCUCGCGCCUCACCGGUACGUGCCUCACCCCAGCCGCAGCAGAUGGGCGCCUUCCAGAAGCUGUUCAAGGGCAUAUCUGGGGAUCCGCAGCAGCCGCAGCACCAGCAGCAGACGCAGACCGUCUCGUCGUGCCGGAACUGUCAGGGCCAGGAGGCCAGUGUGGCCUGGGAUACGGUCAACCUCCUCAAGGAUGAGAACAAGGGCUUGAAGAUCAGGGUGAGUGAUCUCGAGGCGGCGGUUGAGGGUGCUCUCGAUGCUGUCAUCGGGAUUGGCAUCUAG